AUGGACAUCCCCAAUCCCCGCCGUAUCCUCGCCGUCGGCGCAUCCGAUUCAGGCGUCGUUCAGCUCCUCAAAGACCUCACAGGUUCUGCGCCCAAGCAAGUCGAUGACAGCGUCGCCGGUCUCUCGCAUAACCUGCGGCUCGAGACGUCCUACUACACUGCCGACAUCCCCAUCUGGAUCGACGAUAUCUCCAACACCCAAGAUUGGCGAACCGAGUUCAUGAAGCCUGAGGCCAGAGAGGUCGUCAACGUUGUAGGAGCUUGGAUAUACUGCUUUCGCAAGCCAGUUCACGAGGAAGACACGGAGGGUAUCAAGGCUAGUAUGUUAGCUAUUCAGGAGGUGGUAGAGAGGGCUUGCGGGUAUGGCUGGGAUGGGAUAUCUAUGGCUGUUGCGAUGCCGCAGAGCAUAACGCCGCAUCUGGAGAAGAGCGCAGAGGACUGGGAGGACUUGUGUCGCGAUUUCGGGUUCGAGUAUGUUGAUGCCGAGGCAAAGGGGAAGAACGAGUUUGGAGAAUCUAUGGGUGUGGCUCGUAUCAGAGAAGCCCUCGAAGCGAACGACUGGGCCGCGGACGACCUGGACGCUGACGCCUCAGAAGGUCUGGAUGAUGAGGAAGCUUUCGCAGACACCUUCGCCGCAGAGGGGGCGGAGAUGGGCAGGGAGUUCAUGGGGCUAAAGACUGCCAUUAACGGGGGCGAUAGCGCGACCGAUCAUCUUGCUGAAGAUGACGAGGCACUUCAGGUAGAAGAGAUGGAACGCAUGAUGUCCAGACUGCAUUUCAUCAAGGAUAAGAGUACAGAAAUGUCGCAAGCUGAAAGAAGGAGGUUUGCCGCGAAAGCUGUCAGCGACCUAAUGAAGAAUGCACCAUGA